CGUGUAAACCGAUCCGUCGACGGUACGGUGAGGAACAGGUCUUGUUUGCCCCAAGGUUUUUCCACGUAAGGGAUAAAUCACCCAAGGGAAAUGUGGACGUAGGCUCUUCGAAACGUAAUCAUCCAUGCUGAGGGUAGAACUUUUCUGCCAUCAGCGAUGGGGGAAUCUCGGGUCAUUGUGGGAGAACUUCUGGCCUUGUGCCUCGAGAGGAUUACUAUGGAAAAUGCAUUGGCCACAGAGCUCGAGUUUGUUGAAGUUGUCAAAAACUUCGAGUCAACCAGAAAGAAAUGGCUUCACACGGAGCUAGAGAUGAAGAAGUAUAAGGAACUCCUCGUCAAAUCAGAUGUCGCCAAGGCGGCUCUGGAGGUCAAAUUGAAACACGCGAGAAACCAGGUGGACGUGGAGAUAAAGAAGCGGUAUAAGAUUGAGGCAGACUACCAGUAUUUGGAGCGACAGAUGCAGCUAAUGUGUGACAUCCUUGUCCAUGACGGCAAGUCCAGCGCAUGUCUGAACGAUGAGCAGAAAUCACUACUGGCCACUUUUGACCACAAGGGAAAAGGAUCCAAUAUCACCCAGCUCCGGAGUGGUAAACGGUUUUCCAUCAUCGACGAGUCGUCUUUCCUGUCACACUCCGACAUCAGCUACGAUAGAACAGACGACGACUUGGACCUGGACACAACUGUGAUCAAGCCCUUGAGGUCCAGAGCCCGGGAAAAGAGGAGGUCAUCCAUGGGACCAAUGGCAAUAGCAGCGUCCAUAGGUCAUCGAGGGAGACUGGGGAACAUCUCUGAGAAUGUUCCGGAAAGAAAAGCUUUGGAAAAGUGUCUCCCUGACAUUCCCGAGUUCACCUGCCCGGCUUCCACGCACGCUAGCUCCAGCCGCCUGGCCCCCUGUCAGUCUGUUGUCAUCCAGGAGGCGGAGACCCUUGUGAAGGCGUCGCUCACGACCCCGGAAAACGGAGGUCGGGUUCGGAUGGAGAUCGCCAUCACCCAGAAGACCCCGGAGAACGGCUCCAGGAGACUGUCCCAGGAACGCCUGAGCGGUGACGGAGAGCAAACCUCUGUGUGGGGGCCUAACGAUGAGACGGUAGUGGAGCCUGAAACACUCGCAGAGACUAGGGUGAACCAGGCCAACCUUUACCAAGGGCCCAUCUACACGCCCACGCUGGAGAGAACCCUGAAGCAUGUUUUCCUCUCCAAAACGGUGAUCCGACCAGAGACGUGCGUGCCGUGCGGCAAGAGGAUCCGCUUUGGGAAGAUGGCGCUGAAGUGUCGGGAAUGCCGCGUGGUGGCCCAUCCGGAAUGCAAGCUGAAAUGCACGGAAGGCUGCUCACCGUCCACCACGCCGAGCAAGCAAGCGGACACUUUGGACAGCUUUGCGCCGGCGACUCACCCGAGGAUCCCGCUCUUGGUCAUACAGUGUGUGAAUGAAAUCGAGAGAAGGGGGCUAGAAGAAAGAGGCAUCUACCGUGUCCCAGGGGGCGACCGGCUGGUGAAGGAGCUCAGGGAGAAGUACAUCCAGGGGAAAGGCUCCCUGAUGCUGCACAAGGUGGGCGAGAUCCACGUCGUGUGCGGCCUCCUCAAGGACUUCUUCCGGAAGCUGAAGGAGCCGCUAGUCACCCACAAGCUCCACCGGAACUUCAUGCAGGCGGCAGAGAUUCCUGAUGAAGACAACGCUGUGGCCAUCAUGUACCAGGUCAUCGGAGAGCUGCCCAGGGCUAAUCGAGACACCAUGGCGUUCCUCAUGCUCCACUUGCAGAGGGUCAUGAGGAGUCCACACUGUCAAAUGGACAAGACCAACCUGGCACGGGUGUUUGGACCGACUAUAGUGGGCCACGGUAUGGCCGAGCCCCCUCCGAGAACAAUCCUGAAGGACACCACAACACAACCCAGGGUGGUUUGCUGCAUGUUGUCCCUCUCUGAAGAGUACUGGAAACAUUUACUGCAGAAGGACCAGGAUUUCUCCAUGACGGACAACGCCAACAACAACACCCCCAAUAAUGUCGCGCUUUCGACUCGGCUGUUCAUGCCGCUGACGUCCCCUGAGAUGGCCCUCCAGGCCUACAAGCCAGCCAGUAGGGCCUCCCUCCGCGGUCGCAUGAGGAACUUUGGCCACGCAUUCAACAAUGGCAAGGUGAAGGCAGACCAAGAAAGGAAGUUCUUCUCAGCUCCUCAACUGCCAGGGAAAUCGCAUUGAAGAAUAUGUAUAUAUUAAGACGGAAGAACUACAAGCACUUUUGUUCACAAGUAAUGUCUCUAACACUUGUAUAAAGUGGAGAGGGCGGGGGGAGAAACUGAGGUAAUGAAUUCUGUAUUGCCGCUGAUCUACGAAGUAUUAUGGUUGUGGUCCAGUAGGACUCUAAUUGGGUCCUAAUGGUGCAAUAAUGAAAGCAAUUUGAUUUGUAUGAAACUGACUUCAUUUCUUUUUAACCACUUAAGAGAUGUGCAUCCUUGAAAAGCCCUGACUCUUUAAAGAGUUUCUGUAAUAAUAAAAUAUAAUUGUUUGUAAUAAAUAUUUCUAACUAUCUUCAGCAAAAA